AUGCCAGAGUACCUGCCUCCGCCGAGAGUCGGCCAACUCAGCAGCGAAGUUCUCCGGUUCCACCUGAAUGGCGAGCUCGUGGAAGUUGUGGGAGCUGAUCCACGCCAGAUGCUGAUCGAAUUCCUGCGGGAUUCAAAGGGGCUGACUGGCACAAAAAGGAGCUGUCUUCAGGGAGGCUGUGGCGCUUGUGUCGUUGCUAUCCAAGAGUACGACAUGGCCACCUCGCAGUGGAGAUAUCGAUCGGUGAACAGUUGUUUGAAGCCCCUGGUCGCCUGUCACGGAGCGUCCAUCACCACUGUUGAGGGUGUCGGGACGGAGAGGAAGUGCCUGCACCAAGUGCAGCAGCGAAUUGCCGAGAAUCACGGCAUGCAGUGCGGCUUUUGCACACCAGGCAUGGUCAUGAACACUUAUGCGCUUUUGCGUGCGGGUGGCAAGCCCACGGCGGAAGAGUCGAUGCAAAGCUACGAUGGCAACAUCUGUCGGUGCACUGGCUACAGGAACCUCGUGCAGGCUUCUGAAUCCUUCGCUUCCGAUGCGUCUCCAGAAGCGGAGGCGCUUGGAACCAGGUGUGGACAGCACGAUGCAGAUCUCUGUGACAAGCUCAGCGGAGCACAGCACAAGGACAUGGACCGCAUCAUGAAGUCGGUGCAGUUCAGCAAGGAUGAGUUCACCUGGUAUGCUCCCAUGACGCUUCAGGAGGUGCUUGAUAUCAAGCAGUCCAAGCCACGCGCGAUGUAUAUUGUGGGUGACACAGCGAAGGGCAUCCGGCAAGCGGCCUACGAGGUGGCCAACGGAAGAGCCAGCGACGUGAUCGGGCUUCGCAAUGUCACCGAGUUGAAUAUGCUUCAAGCAAGCGGCGCAGGCUUGACAAUCGGCGGCGCACUCACUAUUCAGCACAUCACGGACGCCCUGGAGAAGUACCAGAAGGAGCAUGCCAGCCUGCAGUGGCCCAAAGCUCUGGCCGAUGCAGUGAAGCACGUGGCACAGCAUCACCUGCGCUCGGAAGCAGGUUGGGCAGGGAAUCUGCUCAUCACCAUCCAGCGUGGAUUUCCUUCCGACCUUUUCCCCGCUCUGCUCGCAGCUGACGCGGAAGUGUCCUACGUGACCAAGAGCACCGAGGAGACGCGAAUACCACUCGCGGAGUUUAAGCCCGGGGCUGUUCCCUUCAACGCUUUGCUGACAAAGCUCCACAUUCCGAAUCUGCAAAGCUCUUUCUACAAGUACUUCCGAGUGGGGCAGCGCAAAUGGUUGUCGCACUGCUUCGCGAGUGGAGGCUUCCGUGUUGUCUUGGACAGUGCCAAGAAGAUCACCGAAGCUCGCGUCUGCUUGGGCUACUGGGCUUCCACGCCGUCUCGUUCCUACCAGGCCGAGUCGGCCCUGGUCGGAGCAACUCUGGACACGGAGACCCUCCAGAAAGCGAUUGCAGCCCUGCAUUCCGAGCUGGAAUUUGCAGGGGAGAGCCAGUUCCAGACAAUCGACAACCCGAAGGGAAAGGACGAAUAUCGCCGUCAACUGCCGGACACCUAUGUCUUCAAGUUCUUCAAAGAGGCACAGGCUUUCUUUGGCAUCAAGCAGUGGCCGGCUGAAGAGUUAGGAAGCCUGCCCCUGAAGCCGUUGAAAGCAGGACAGCUCACAUUCCAGGAGCAGCCUGGCCUGGAUAACAAACCCCAGCUGUCUGCAAUGGGCCUCACGACCGGAGCUGUCCGAUACACGGACGACCAGCCCAUGCCCGGUCUCUUCGGAUAUCCUGUUUUAAGUGAGGCGGCGACGGGCAAGCUGGAGCAACUGGACACGGCCCAAGCCUUCAAAGUGGCUGGUGUGGUGGACAUCGUGACAGCAGCGGACGUGCCAGGGAAGAACGAUUGCGGCUUCGCUGCAGGGGAGGAGCCGGUCUUCGUGGAGAUCGGCGGGAGCAUCAUGACUGUGGGGCAGCAGAUCGCCCUGGUUGUGGCUACCUCCUACCGCGCGGCCAAGGCCGGCGCCGCAGCGGUGCAGAUGAAAAUCUCCGGAGCCAACGAAGGCGCCAUCAUCACCCUCGACCAGGCCAUAGCGGCAGAAUCCUUUCUGGAGAGUGCCCACUUCAAGAACUCCAUCAACAAAGGAGAUUUGGAAGCAGGCUAUUCGAGCAGCGAUCUGGUGUUUGAGGGCUCCACGUACGUCAUCGGCCAGCAUGCAUUCCCGAUGGAGAAGCAGACGGCCUUGGCCGUGCCUGAGGAAAAGAAGGGCAUGACUGUGUGGCAUUCCACGCAAGGGCAUGACUUCACCAGGGGAGUGCUGGCUGGCGUUUUGGGCAUCCCUGGAUCCUUCGUCGUCUGCAAGCAGACCCGCGCCGGGGGCGCCUUUGGCCCCAAGAACAGUCGACAAGCACCGGUCGCUGCCAUGGCCGCCGUUGCCGCCCACAAGUUGGAGAAAGCUGUGCGCGUGGCCUACGAAGCAACACUGGAGCAGAAUGCAGUUGGCGGACGGCAUAAUUUCAAGACUCAGUACAAGGUGGGCGUCAACAAGGACGGCAGAAUCCAAGCGUGCGACGUCGAGUCGUGGUGCAACGGCGGAUGCACUCAUGACUUCACGGGAUUUUUGAAUCUGGAGAUGGGCGAAGCGAUACCCUCUGUGUAUGACUGGCCCAACAUGCGAGUCAACGUUCACGCGAUGAAGACCAACACCCCGAGCAACACUGCCGUCCGCUCCUUUGGCAGCCCGCAAGGAUAUUUCAUCUGCGAAGCAAUCAUCGAAGACAUCGCGGGCAGGCUGGGCAAAGUUCCGGAGGAAAUCCGAGAGAUCAAUAUGUGCACCAAGCAGAAUGCUGUGACACCCUGGGGCCAACCAAUGGAGUUCUACAAUGUCGACACCCUCUGGAACAAGCUGAAGCAGGACGCGAAGUACGAGGAACGGGCGAAGGCUUGCGAAGAGUUCAACAAGACCAACCGUUGGCGCAAACGCGCCGUCAGUGCCGUGCCGCUGGCCUACGGCCACUGCUACGCUUAUGCAGCAGGGACAGGGGCACUGGUCAACAUCCACGGCUCUGACGGGUCUGUCACAGUUCAUCACGGUGGCUGCGAGAUCGGACAAGGAAUUCACACAAAGGUGGCACAGGUGGUUGCGAUUUCGCUUGGAUGUCCACUCGACCAUGUGCGCGUCGCCGACACCAACAGCGAGGUUGUUCCAAACGCCCGCUUCACGGGUGGAUCCAUUACCACGGAGGUGGUCUGCGAGGCCGCGAGACAGGCCUGCAAGCAGCUCUUGCAGACUCUCAAGCCCCACAAGGAGUUCCUCAAGAAGCGGGAUGGCAAGGAUCCGUCGUGGCCAGAACUGGUUGCGGCCGCCAACACAGUUCUGGGUCAUCAGGAGAAGCUCUCAGCGACAGGCAUCUUUGCGCCAACUGGCAACAAGUACACCACUGAUGUGGAGGGCAAUACGCUGGGGCAGCAUCACGGAGACUAUUUCACUUACGGAGCAGGAAUUUCAGAAGUGGAGCUGGAUGUUCUGACCGGCGAAGUCAGGACCCUUCGCUCGGACAUCCUGUAUGACGUAGGCCAGUCGAUUAACCCCGGCAUCGACAUCGGCCAGCUGGAAGGUGCUUUCGUCUGGGGAAUUGGCUACUACAUGUACGAAGAACCUCUCCGAGACAUGCGCGGAGUGGAGCGUUCUCAGGGUGUUUGGGCUUACAAGCCACCAAUGGCCGCAGAAGUGCCCACGGAAUUCCGGGUGGAGCUUCUGCGGGACAAUCCGUUCCCCAAGGGAGUGCUGGGCUCCAAAGCGAUUGGCGAGCCACCGUUUAUGCUGGCAUACAGUGUUCUUGGAGCAACCAAGAAGGCCAUCGCUUCUGCACGUACAGACGCCGGCUUGAGCGAGCAUUUCAAGCUGCCCAUGCCGUGCACCCUCGAUGCCAUCCACCAGGCAGGACGGCCACCACACAGGAGAUACGAGCUACUACACCCCACGCGUUGA